ACAUAACUUCAGUUUAAUGUUUGUAUGUGUGUAUAGAUAGAUAGAUAGGUAGGGAAUCAUAUGCAGUUUUACAAGUGUAUGAUUUGCUCUCAAACAACCCACGAAAGUUGAAGGUUUUUUUAUCAGGAGUGUUUGUACUAGAUUAUUGUUCAUUUUGAUUUUAUACCAGAAUGUUGGCAAGAGCACUACUAUUACUAUUACUACUAGUGCUGGUAUGGCAGAGUAAGUAUGUUUUAGGAGCUCAAAACCAGACUCCACAGGAUGUCACCAGAUCCAGUUUUCCUAAAGGCUUUGUGUUUGGAGCUGCGAGUGCUGCAUACCAAUAUGAAGGUGCUGCCAGUGAAGGUGGAAGGGGACCGAGUAUAUGGGACACAUUUGCACAUAAUUCUGGUAAAAUCAAAGGAAAUGCAACAGGAGAUGUUGCUGUGGACCAAUACCAUCGAUUUCAGGAGGACAUGUGGUUGCUCAAAGAUUUGAACAUGGAUGCAUACCGCUUCUCUAUAUCAUGGUCACGCAUAUUUCCAAGUGGAGUGGGUGAAGUAAAUUGGAAGGGAGUUCAAUAUUAUGACAGAUUAAUUGAUUUUCUCACAAAACAUGAUAUUGAACCUUGGGUAACACUGUACCAUUGGGACAUGCCUCAAGCCCUUGAAGAUUCAAUAGGAGGAUGGCUAAGCUUGGACAUUGUCAACAUGUUUGAACAAUACGCGCGGUUUUGUUUCCAAAGAUGGGGUACAAAAGUGAAACAUUGGAUAACCCUAAAUGAGAUCCAUAGCUUUGCAGUGGACGGGUACAGGAUUGGAAGCAAAGCCCCAGGACGUUGUUCCCCACCAUUGGGAGAGUGCCCCACAGGGAACUCAACAACUGAGCCUUAUAUUGUUGGUCACCAUGCUUUGCUUUCUCAUGCCCAAGUGGUUAAUUUAUACAAGAAAGAAUUUCAGGAAGAGCAAAAGGGAGUAAUUGGAAUCACAUUGGACUCACUUUGGUUUGAGCCUCUUGAUUCAAAUUCAUCUCUUGACAAACAAGCUUCCAAGACUGCUCUUGAAGGAUUUUUGGGAUGGUUUAUGGAUCCUAUAUUCUUUGGUGAUUAUCCAGCAUCCAUGAAAAUCACAUUAGGCUCAGUGCUUCCUAAUUUCACACUGGAGCAAAAAUCUCUCCUCAAAGGAUCACAAGAUUUUAUUGGAAUCAACCAAUACACUUCCAAUUAUGCAACUUAUAACACAACCAAUGGCGAACUUAUUAGAACACCAUAUAAAGAUGGAGUACCCAUUGGUGAUCAGACUGCUUCUUAUUGGCUCUUUGUGGUACCAAGUGGAAUGCAAAAGUUGAUGGGUUGGAUUCGUGAGAGAUAUAACAAUCCAAUCAUAUAUAUCACUGAGAAUGGUAGAACAGAAAAAAACAAAGAUGGAUGCAUGACUCUAAAAGACCAAUUGAAAGAUCCAGAGCGCAUUCAAUAUUAUCAUGACUACUUACAAAACUUGCUUUGGGCACUAAGGAAUGGCUCGGACAUACGUGGUUAUUUUGCUUGGUCAUUGAUGGAUAAUUACGAGUGGGCAGAUGGUUACACUGUCCGGUUUGGAAUCUAUUAUGUUGACUACAAAAACAAUUUGGCUAGAUAUCCUAAAGAUUCUGCAUUUUGGUUCCAACAUAUUCUUAAGAAGGAUUAAGUUAUCAAAAGAUAGGUAAUUUGGAGUUGUACUGCCUGUUUUUAAUACAACUACUGUAAUUAUGUUUACAGAGAAUGUGAUAACCCAUUGGUCAUAAUUCUAAUAAACAAGUGAAAUUAAUCUUAA